AUGUUGCCACCGCCUACUUCACAAAGCUCGCGGCUGGAGGUAUAUCACGCCUGGGUGGACACCUGGCUCCGGGCCGAGACAAGCGAGGACGACAGCAGCGACAGCCCGCCCUUAGAGCUCGAGACGAUGGCAGCGCUCCUCCAAGACGCGAACCUGAGCCAGCUUCGCGAUCCCACGCUCCUACGUCAAGUCGUCACCUCCUUCCAACAGAGAUACCGCAACGGAGAGAUCACGCUCGGCGGGAGCCAGCCUGCAUCGUGUGACGCAACCGACCUGCUGUCAGCACGUUACGACCCCCGAGUGGAGUGCGCCUGCGAUGGCAUUUCCCCAAUGUCGGCCACCAGCGAAGCGGAUCUGAUGAUUGCGCAGAAGUCCUGCCGAUCGGUGGAGAAGAUGCUCCGCGCGCUGGCGGAGGUGAGCGAGCGGAGCGCGGAGUGGAACGGCCACGGGCUGUUCACGAAGGACAAGCUGCACGCGGCAGUGGAGGAGCUCACCUUCUGCAACCUCGAUCUCCAGACGCUCUCGACCCUCACAGUCUGCACGGGGGCCAACGCAGCGUCGCUACCACCCCUCCGGGCGCCCGAUCGUCGGCCAAACCCCGCAUGCGACAGCGCGCCGCACGCCUUCCAAACCUACUUCCCGACAGCGGAGCGGAUCAAGUUCUGCGCGGACGCCAAGUACUUCCACGCGAUGGCGUGCGGCGGGGGUGGCGUGGACGAGGGCCUGGUGCGCGCGAUCGCGGACGCAGGCAACGACGUGCUGAUCGGCGACUACUGCGAGGCGGCGCCGGCGGGGACGCUGCGGCUGCUGCAGCGGACGGGCGCGGCAGCGACGGGCUUCUUGAAGCUGUGCACCCUCGCCGGGGUACUCAGUGACUGGCAGUUCGCGAUCCUGGCGGCGGCGCACAUCCACUUCCGCGUGGUGGGCUACUAUCGCAACCACGCGACGGGCAGGUUACCGGACGGGCUGUACGGCAGUCGCAUGACGCAGCUGACGACGCAUCGUCACAUCGAUAUCGCCAUUGCCGUAGGCAUUGUAACCGCCUCGUUGGCCACGGGAAACCAGCAGCUGACCGAGGCCCAGUACAUGCGGCUCUCGCGCGCGACGACGCUCAUCAACGAUCUCGUCGACCUCCGCAGCGACGCCAUGCGCAAGCAACGUGAGAAUCCCGUUCUCCGGGGUAUUCGCGGCUCGGUGUGCGGGUACUUGAAUACACAGGUUCGGGACUGCAUCGCGGGCGCGGCGGAGCUGGUCGAGUCGUCCCCGCUCCUGGCGCUGGUCACGAUGGCGUUCUGCAACUGGACGGUCAUGGCGUCGCACCACAAGCUCUAUGAGCUGGUCCAUAGUCUGCGCGAGAGCUCAGAGCUACCCCCCUGUGCCUAUGAGGGUUUAGAAGAACCGUACGAGAGGUUGGUCCGGGCGCUGCAGCCGUACGGCUCGCUGGGCGUAACAGGCCCGCGCUGGGACCUGAGGCGGGCGGAGCUGGACGCGCUGUACAGCAUCUAUCGACGGUGUCCAGAGACACAUGCGGCGUGGCUGGCUGACAUGGCAAGGUUAUUGCUUCGACCGUCGACCUUCCGGCGCAUCGCGGAUGUGGUGCAUCAUGUGUGGAUGGGGGACGUCGGUGACGUGUGGUAUUGCCCGUGA